AUGGCGAACAACAGCGCGGCGGCCGCCUUGGCCGGGACCCCGCAGCCUCCUCAGACAGGCGGGGGAGUCAGCAAGCCGGCGUCUUCCGGGAAAACCGGUAACGUACUGCCGCUAUGGGGCAACGAGAAGACCAUGAACCUGAACCCCAUGAUUCUCACCAACAUCCUGUCCUCGCCCUACUUCAAGGUGCAGCUGUACGAGCUCAAGACCUACCAUGAGGUGGUGGACGAGAUCUACUUCAAGGUGACGCAUGUUGAGCCCUGGGAGAAAGGAAGCAGAAAAACGGCGGGUCAGACAGGCAUGUGCGGGGGGGGUAAGUACAAGUACGUGCGUGGGGUGGGCACAGGGGGUAUUGUGUCCACUGCAUUCUGUCUUCUUUACAAGCUGUUUACCUUGAAGUUGACCCGAAAGCAAGUGAUGGGUCUCAUUACGCACACAGACUCCCCCUACAUCAGAGCUCUUGGUUUCAUGUAUAUACGAUACACACAGCCUCCUACAGAUUUAUGGGACUGGUAUGAAGAUUUUCUUGAUGACGAAGAGGACCUUGAUGUAAAGGCCGGGGGCGGCUGUGUGAUGACUAUUGGGGAGAUGCUGCGGUCAUUCCUAACCAAGCUGGAAUGGUUUUCCACGCUCUUCCCUAGAAUCCCAGUACCCGUUCAGAAACACAUUGACCAGCAGAUCAAAACCAGGCCCAGGAAAGUUAAGAAAGAAAGUGCUGAGGAGGCUGAAGAAGUUGACCGUCAUGCAGAAAGGAGAAGAUCUAGGACUCCAAAGAGUCCUCGCAGAUCCCCCAGGAGAUCGAGAAGUAGGAGCCAUCAUAGAGAUCACCAUGGAACAACAAACUUCGACAGAGAGCUUGAGAGAGAAAAGGAACGACAGCGUUUAGAGCGAGAAACCAAAGACAAAAGACGAUCAAGGAGCAACGAUCGAAGGAGGAGCAAGAGCAAAGAUCGUCACAGAACAAGGAGCCGAAGCAAAGAUCGUAAAACAGACAGAAGGGAUCGGGACAGAGAGAAAGAAAAUGAGAGGAGCAGAAAAAGAGAACAUGAGAAAAAAGGCAACGGCCGAGAGAAGGAGACUGACCGAACACGUGACAGGUCAAAGGAACGUAAAAGGAGUGAAGAGAGACGAGACCGGGAUGACAAGAGACACCGAGAGGACAGAGAUUCUCGCAAAGAAAGGAGACACAGUCGGAGCAGAAGCAGAGACCGUAAGCGGAAGAGUAAAAGUCCGAGCAGAAAUGCCAGUGGGCGCAGCCGCAGCAGGGAGAAGUCUGGCAGGCACAAAGAGAAAACAAACAAGAAAAGCCGGAGCACCAGCCGUGACAGAACAGACAGCUCUGAAAAAUCAAGAAAGCGGGAGCGCAGCACCAGCAGGGAGAAACCACGCAAGCGCAGUAGGAGCAAGGAGCGAACGCACAGGCGAAACCACGAUGGCAAGGACCACAGCUCAGAUGUGGAAGAAAAGCAGAGAGGCAAAGAUGAGACUCUGUGACACACAGAUUUCCUGGAUCACAUUGAAUCCAAAUUUUUGGGGUGUUUAUUCCCAGUCCCUCUUCCCAUUUUUAUUUUUUCUGUCCUAAGUCGUUGCCCUCUCUUUAGCACUAUUUUUUUUUUUUUUUUUCCCCUUAAGAACAUUCUUAGGCAAAGACUGAAUAGGGAAGUGCCUUUUGGGGAUCCCUAGAGAAUCGGACAUUAUCUCUCCAUCUAAACACCCCAGUGCGGCUACAGUUAUGUUUUUAUUGGUUCAGUGUUCUGAAGUGUACAGCCAGUACAUGAAAACCUUGAUGUUUUAAUGCCCUUUUUUACAUUAGCCUUGGAGCCUCAGUUUAUAAGGGGCAAUGUUUGCCGCUUUUUGUUCUGAAGCUCUUGAGGUUGAGAUUUUCCUCCUGACACAGAAUGCAUGGCUUAGCUGACAUUUUUGUUAGGGUAUAUGACCUUCUUUUUGUUUUUCCUAAAACUGAUACGAAUGCUGAUAUGGAAUUUGAAAUUUGUGUUAUUGUCCAAAUGUAAAACUUUUUUUAAAAAAAACAAAAAUACAUUUUGAUCUAUUACGA